AGGAUCAGGAUUUAGCACCUCACACGCUCUCAAUGCUGAAGGUGGGCGUUUCCCAAAGUCGGAACCAACCAAUUACGGUGCUCUGAGUGAUUGCCCGGCUGUCAACUGCUCCUCGGUCAGUGAAUCUCCAGCUUCACCCGCAAAACCGCGGAGAGAACUCCGUCAUUACGCGGUGCCGCACAGCGCUUGGAUUUCAUGAAAUAAAGUGGAGAACUGUACGAUCCUCAGCAGUGUUCUGAGACUGUACAGUCCACUUUUGCCUUCUCGCGUAGCGUGUUUGUUUCCUUUGAAUGGACUUUAUUGUAUAUUCAAGAUAAAUUUUGCGUCUUUUUUUUUUCCUGCGCGAAAAUCUGUUUGCUGUGUUUUGGAGCACAUUCUCUUUGCAUAGUUUGUGUGUUGAACUUCAUAAAUUACUAGAGGAUAGUGAAAUUAAGAGAGAUGACAGCAGAAAAAGAGAAGAAAAGGUGCAGUUCAGAGCGGCGUAAGGAGAAGUCUCGCGAUGCCGCACGCUUCAGGCGCAGUAAGGAGACGGAAGUGUUUUAUGAGCUCGCACACCAGCUGCCCCUCCAACACAGCAUCACCUCACACCUGGACAAAGCCUCCAUCAUGAGACUAGCCAUCAGCUUCCUGCGCACACGCAAACUCCUCGCCUCAGGCUGUGUCAACACCACAGAGACAGGGGUAGACAGACUGAUGGACACUUGGUAUGUGAAGUCCCUGGGCGGAUUCAUUACCGUGGUAACAUCAGAUGGAGACAUGAUCUUCUUAUCGGAAAACAUCAACAAAUUCAUGGGCCUCACACAGGUGGAGUUAACGGGUCACAGCAUUUUUGACUUCACCCACCCAUGUGACCAUGAGGAGAUCCGUGAGAACCUCAGCUUCAAAACUGGCAUGGGGAAGAAAGUCAAGGAUCUAAACACAGAGAGAGAUUUCUUUAUGCGAAUGAAAUGCACAGUCACGAAUCGUGGACGCACCGUCAACCUCAAGUCAGCCAGCUGGAAGGUCCUGCACUGCACAGGGCAAUUAAAGGUUUAUAACGGCUGCCCUGCACAUGUUCUGUGUGGUUUUAAAGAGCCGCCACUCACCUGUGUGGUCAUGAUGUGUGAGCCCAUUCCCCAUCCGUCAAACAUCGACACACCUCUCGACAGCAAGACUUUCCUGAGUCGCCACAGCAUGGACAUGAAGUUUACUUACUGUGAUGACAGAGUUACUGAGUUGAUGGGUUACAAUCCUGAAGAUCUUCUCGGUCGAUCUGCAUACGAGUUCUACCAUGCUCUGGACUCUGACAGUGUCACCAAAAGCCACCAGAACCUGUGCACUAAAGGCCAGGCAGUGAGCGGUCAGUACAGGAUGUUGGCUAAGCAUGGGGGCUAUGUGUGGGUGGAGACCCAGGGUACCGUCAUCUACAACAGUCGCAACUCCCAGCCACAGUGCAUUGUGUGCGUGAACUACGUGCUGAGUGACAUUGAAGAGAAAUCCAUCAUCUUCUCUUUGGACCAGACUGAGUCUCUGUUAAAGCCUCAACACUUGAGCAGUUUCUUCAGUCCAAGCAAAGGCCUGGACAGUGAAGAGCUCUACAAUAAACUCAAAGAGGAACCUGAAGAUCUCACCCAGCUGGCACCUACACCUGGUGACACCUUUAUCUCGCUCAACUUUGGUCGGCCCCAGUAUGAAGAGCACCCAAGGUACAGCGAAGUGUCCUCGAUUGCUCCUUCUGUCUCGCACACUAUUCAUGAUGGCCACAAGCCAAACUAUGCUGCAGACAUGCCCAAGAUGGCCAGCACUUUCUCUGUACCUCAAGGUUCACCUCCCAGUAGUGCUACUCCCAGCCUAAGCAGUUGCUCUAUGCCUAGCAGCCCAGAAGAUUACUAUAACACAGUGGAUACUGACCUGAAGGUGGAGCUAACCGAGAAGCUAUUAUCUUUAGACACGCAAGAGACAAAGACUUCUUACAACCAAGAGACUGACCUAAGUGAUCUGGACUUGGAGACUCUGGCUCCCUACAUCCCCAUGGAUGGUGAGGACUUCCAGCUCAAUCCCAUCUGCCAAGAGGAGCCUUCAUCUGGGGCCAUUGGAGGUCUUGGAACAAGCCAGCAGAGCUUCGGCAACAUUACCAGCCUCUUCCAACCCUUGGGGUCUCCUUCAGCAGCUCAUUACCAGCCCAACAUGAGUUCAGGAGGGGAAAAGCAGACCAUUAAUGUAGGCUCUAUGGAGUCAUGGCCAAACGUACCCUACAGUAAUGGGCCUAUGCAGAUUCCUCCUUACCAUGACCCAGCCAGCACCCCACUUUCUUCUAUGGGAGGGCGUCAGAAUCUGCAAUGGCCACCUGACCCUCUGUUACACAGCAAGGCUGGAAUGAUGGAUCCUUUAGCUGCAAAACGUUCUUGCCAAAGCGUGCCAGCAAAUCAAAUACUACAUUAUCUGCAAAGACCCGUGGAGAACUUUGCGCAGUGCUACAGAGAGAUGAGACCAGUUCAACUUGCUCUCGCUAACAGCUUCAAACGCUCAUUCACACAGAUGGCCAUGGCUGAGACACCCACCACUAAGUCCCAACAGACCAUGUGGAAGAGACUUAGGCAUGAGAGCUGUGCCAUCAUGGACAGGAAAUCUCUAAGCACUAGUGCUUUAUCAGACAAAGGCAUGUUCCACAAUGGAGGCAUGGACCACCAGCACAGGAAAACCCAGUGUCCGGGUAAUCAGACUGGACAAGCUACAAAACGCUACAGACAACUGUGCUGUAACCACAGAGAGUUCAACAUGCAGCCUUCCUCCAAAAUGGAUGGAAUUGCGAGUCGUCUCAUCAGGCCCUCCUUCGAGACCUACUCUCUGCCCGAACUGACGCGUUAUGACUGUGAGGUCAACGUCCCCAUGCAAGGAAAUCUGCAUUUGCUGCAGGGCUGUGACCUCCUAAAGGCAUUAGACCAGUCCUCUUAAACCAGUGUAUUCACUACCAACCCACAGAAAUGCAGUCCUUCUUAACCCAACCCUUUGUCCAAUCUCACCAUCACCAGCCUGACAAUAACCAUCCCAGCUUAGCACACAUUGAUUUAUAAACAGACAAAUACAGUGGCCCCAAACAGUAUUUGGACAUUUAAGCCACAUUUAAAAACUGUACAAUAUAGUAUGAAUGUCAAUGCAUUAGAUAAUGCAAGAUUGAACCAAGUGAAAUCUGCUAACAUUUCUUUUCAGCUUUUCUCAUUAUGAAUUUCACUUUUCUCAGGCAUGUUUUCAAUGACUUUUUAACCAACACAAGGUCUCAAGGUGAUUUUAGUGGACAUAUGAAGUCAGUUGCCUUCAACUUUACACAGGUGUCCUAGCAGAGUAACCACAUGUGUAAUUCAUCACAUUAAUUAUGGACAAAAAGUGUCCAGAUACUCUUUGUUUUCAUUUUUAUAGUAUAUCUAAUGUUUUUAACAGUAUAUAUAUUGUUGUAUAGUUUAAAACCUCUUCUUUUAAACUUUGUGAAAUGUAGAGCUUGAAAAGUGUGCUAUCAUCCUUUCAAAUAAAUGCCACUUGUUUUGAUAUUUUGUUAUGUAAUGCAAAGGCAUUCAUGCAUUCUUUAGUGUGGCUUAAGUGUCGAAAUACUUUUUGGGGCCUUUGUACAUUGUGCAGACACACUCUCUCACAGUCACACCUACCUGACUGCGUACAAGAAAAAUGUAGCUUUGAUUCUAUUUUUGUUGUCUACAUCUUCAUAAAUUAUAUACAUGUACUCUUUUUUUAGUUACAAGUUUCUGAAUGAGUUUAAGUAUUUUCGGAGGAGUUUAACUGUUGCGUUGUAUUUUGCUGGCUGUCUAAUUGCUUGUCAGAUCAUUUUGGUGACCGUUUUUUUUUUUUAGUAUAUCUGCUCUUGUCUUUCAAAAGCAGAUAUGUCUUGUCUCUUUUAAUGACAGACAAAAAAGAAAGGAAAAAAUUACUACUGUAAGCUAAGCUACUUGUUUUUAAGUGUUCUAAUUUCUAUCAUUUGUUCUAACUUUCCUACCUCUGACACAAUAAGUCUCUUUCCUCACUGACCACUUUUUCUUGUUAUUCAUGGCUUCUGUGCCUUAUUUUUGUUCAUUUAGUGGCAUUGCUGUGUUUCUGUCUCUGUUUAUUGCCUUAUUGUGGAGACCACUCGAAAUACAUAUGUUUUUGUCAAUUUAGCUGUAAACAUACAUAUUUAAAGGAAUAUUCUCUAAGAUUUUUACUCAUAGAUUUUUACUUUGAUGAUAAAGUUGUAGCGCCUAUUUGUCUUGGUACUUUGUCUUGUCUACUCAGUAGAUGUGAAUCAGAGACCGUAUAGUUGUAUAGUACUGGUGUCCCAUGUUCUUUCUUGGUGGUAUUUUUCCAAAAAUAUGCAAAUGCAUAUAAUGUUUAUUGGCAGGCCAGUAAAUUUGGAUUGGUUUUUUAAGAAAAUCUGGUUUAGUUGUUAUGUAGCUUAUUGGAUCCUUUAAAUUAAUUGAAUUUUAAGAGAUUUCUUGCAAUUGCUAACAGAUGGUGCUUAAUGCAGACCCAUAUGCAUUCUUACUGUCCUAACCAGAUGCAAUGUGAAAAGAUUCCAGCAUCAAGCAGUUUCUCUGUCCACACUGAACGCGAAACUGCUGCGCAACGUGGCACAGUUACAGCCAAUCCAACCUGGACUCAUGACAAUUCAUAAUAAUAGUAUGAGAUGGUGAAAUUGUAAGGAACCGUAUGCGUUGGCUCAUACAAAAACUUACAACUUUUAAUCCCAUAGAGAAAAUUAACAAAACGAACAAUGUUAUUUCGUUUUAGUUUAACCCCUAACCCAAACCUUAACCUAAUCAUAAAGUGUAACCCCUUACCCAAAUCCUAAACCUAACCAUGAUUUUAAUAGGAAAAUAAUUAAGAUAAUUGUAAUUUGUUUAAUUCAGGGUUUUGAAGGAGAUGAGGGAAGCAUAUUACAGGUUAAUGACAUACAUCAGUCAUUUGUAUUGCAUAAAUACUGUAAUAUGGAAUGAGUAACCAAAUUUGUUCACUGAUGUUCCCUUUGUUGAAAUAAAGUGUUGGAUAGGAGUCUAGCUAAAAUUUGAAGUCUUUAUGGAAAGAAUUUGAAAUUCUGUUUGUUGAUUGGUUGGUGUCUAUAUGGGAAUAAAAGUUGUACCUUUUUGUAUGUGCCAAGUUGUAAGAUAUCAUACGAUUUCACCAUAUCGUACAAAUUAUUACGAAUUGUCAUGAGACUAUGUUGGCCAAUCAGAACAUAUUUGAGAUUGAUGUACAGUUAUGAGAAGUGGGAUUUUGGACCAAUGUGAGUUCUCAGUGGGCGGGGCUACCGGGUAUCCGCAGAAAUCAAAGACAAACAACAUGUAACUGAUUAACAUGGAAGAGAUACCUUUUAUCGCUUGUCACUUUUACAAGUCACGUCUGGCUAAGACACUAUUUUAAUUGCCCUAAUGUUGUCUUUAAAGUUAAAUCAAUAAUUUCUUAAUACUUUUAGUCAUGACAAUACAAGGCCCUUGUGGCUGGUGGCAAUAUACAGUAAUGUCACUGUAGGACUGUAGUUGUUGAUUGCCUAAUCUGCUGUUUUGUUAUGCUUAAACAUACGUAGCCAAACAUAUGCCUUAGAUGUUCUGUUACAUUUUAAUAUAAAUGUAAACCCUGGGUGAAAAAAAGUGACUCGUAUCUAAGAUUCAAAAUAAUUCAAGGUACAAAGAUAAGGUUUGGCACACAAUCCAGUAAGAGCCAGUUUUGAAAAUAAGAGCCAGUUUUGUUAACAGACAGGAGAUGUGUUGCUUUAUGGUGGUUUAGCUGUGUGAGAUGGUAUACAGGAGAGUGGUUAUGCACAACUGAGCAAAGCUGAUUCAGUAGAUUUAUGAGGAGUGAAUCUCAAGAAACAUGUCAAGAACAUAUUUUACUCCAAACUCAAAAAAAAAGUAGAAGUAAUGCAUUCGAUAAUAUUAAUUGUGUUUUGCUUAAAGAAAAUUAAGCCUGUUUUUAGGAACAUGAAGAUUUUUUGCAUUAUUUUCAUGGUAAUUCCCCCAAAAUGCCCCACAAAUUCUCAUUUCUGUAAUGUUAGAGAAUUAAAUGAAAUAUUAUUUAAUUUGUAAGUAUUUAUAUGUCAAGGUAGUGUUUUAGUAGAAUGUUUAGUGCCUUUGAUCUACUACUGAUUUACAUUUAAACUCAUUGUAUUAUAGUAUUUCUUUUACUGUAAUGCAUUAAUGUAUUACAUUAAUGACAAUAAUGACAACCACAAUUGAGAAUAGCAGUUAUUACCAAAAAACUCAAAAGACAAACGUCCUGAUUCUUAAUUGCUUAAUUGUCAUGAAAAAGAAUGUCAUGUUGCAAAAAUUAUGGUUGAAAAAUAGGCUACACUCUCUUUAUAGUCUAUACGUAUAUACAGUAUAUACUGUAUAUAUAUAUAUAUAUAUAUAUAUAUAUAUAUAUAUAUAUAUAUAUAUAUACAUAUAUUAUUAUUUAUUUUUAUUUUUAUUUUUGUUAUUGCUUUUGUGGUGAGAUGUGACCUGAGCAUGUUAUUGUAAGAUUCACUCUUUGCAUUUGUUCAUAAAUGUUUAUCAGGUGCCUUAGCUAACCAGUCAGAUUUAUUCAGUAUUUAAUUACAAUUGCUUUGCAAAAAAGAUUAGUUUGCUGUUCAUGCCACAGCAUGUUAAUGAGGCUUAUAAGUGUGUAGUUAACUCCCUAUUAUCCAGAUGUCACAGAGAGAUUUGAAACUAGAUCUCACAAACAUAUUUAGACAUUAAUGUAGAAUACUCAUGUACAGCGAGGUCCAAAAUCUGCAGAACAAUUUAGGAUUUUGAAAAAUAAAUCAAUAAAUUAGAUUCUAGACCACUAAUCAAAUGUAGGCAAAAUUGAUGCUUUUUUGUACAAAAGAUAAGAUUCCUUUUCUAUAAAGAAGCAAACAAGAUGCUCUUUGGAACAUUUUGAAAUCAUGUUGGAUAGCAUGAAUCAUCAGGCCAUGCCAGCUUGUGUGCAUGCUGUCAUUAAAGCAAAAAGGGGCAUACCAAAUACUUAUAAAUUCUGAAAAUCAUGUAAUUUUUGUACUUUUCAUGCAAAUUGCUUUGCUGAAGAAAAAUUGUUUUUAUGAAAAAAUAGAAGCCUUUUCACUGGUGUUAAAAGACAUUUGGACCCCACUGUAGAUUGACACACCUAUCUGGCACUGUGAUAGACAGUUACAGUAGACAUAAUAUGAGAGUUUGAGACAGGUAGAAAGAUAACAGGUGUCCAAACUGUGAGGGACAGACAGAGAGAUAACAGUUGCUCAGUCUGUCCACUGAUGCAAAUCUCUCUAACCUCUCCACAUCUUGGAUAAGACUGAUCCCUCUUUCAAGUCUCUCUCGAAUUAACUGUAUGAUUUAAAUCCUUCAAAGAUAGAAACAACUAUAUUUUUUUUUUAGCACUGUUAAGGUAAAGUGCAUGUAAUUCUGCAUAUUUUCCCAAAUUAGCCUGAUUGAAUUGAUAUAAACCAAGCACAAGGAUUAAAAAAACAUGAAUGCAAACAAAGAAAAGUCAGUUCAGUGUAUUACAGCUGCUCCAAGCUUGUAUUUUAAUAAAUAGCAUUUCAUAAAGGCAAUAAUUUCAUGUACUGUAUAAACUGUGCCAGAGGUGCCUUAACACAGUCAAAUGUAGGUGUCACUAAGCGCUGUGCAGCAUUUAGCCAUGUAGCGUACAAAACAGCCAACCCACAAAGCAAUGCUUCAUACAUACUACUUUAACUUUCUGAAAUGAACGCCAAAGUCAGAAACACACAUAGGAAUGAGUUAACUCCUGUCAUACAGUAGCUUUCUCUAAUAGUGCAGCCAUGAUGUUGAUGUUACAGUGAUAGUUGUGCAUUUGAAUGUGCAGAGAGCCAUGGUAAGUCUGUCCACAACUGCUUACAAAAGUCAUUCGCCAGUUUUAGACCCCCUCUAGACAUAGUGUUUUUAUAUAUAUAUAUAUAUAUAUAUAUUAUACAGGGGCCUGGGUAGCUUAGCGAGUAUUGAUGCUGACUACCACCCCUGGAGUCGUGAGUUCGAAUCCAGGGCGUGCUGAGUGACUCCAGCCAGGUCUCCUAAGCUACCAAAUUGGCCUGGUUGCUAGGGAGGGUAGAGUCACAUGGGGUAAUCUCCUCGUGGUCGCUAUAAUGUGUGGUUCUCGUUCUCGGUGGGGCGCGUGGUGAGUUGUGCGUGGAUGCCACGGAGAAUAGCGUGGGCCUCCACAUGUGCUACAUCUCCGCGGUAAUGCUCUCAACAAGCCACGUGAUAAGAUGCAUGGGUUGACGGUCUCAGACGUGGAGGCAACUGAGAUUCGUCCUCCGCCACCCAGACUGAGGCGAGUCACUACACCACCACAAGGACUUAGAGAGCACUGGGAAUUGGACAUUCCAAAUUGGGGAGAAAAGGGGAGAAAAUACAAAAAAAAAAAAAACAAUAAUAAUUAAAUUAAACUGUCCUAACAUUUGACUGAUUUGUGUUUCUUCAGCUUUAAAGACAACAUUAGGGUGCUGAUGCAUAAAACAGGUGGUUUCUUUGGAUAGUGUGUGCUCUUAUUAAAAUGUUGGAUGUUUUAGUCACAGUAAGCAAAGUACGUACAUAUUUUAAUAUGCUAAAUUUAUAUUGACAUUAUUAUGAUACUGUUCAUAUGAUUAUUGUUAACAUUACUGUAUGGGAAAUUUUACCCAAUAAGAAGUUGUAUCUCUGCACUGAUAUCUUAUUAAAGCAUAUCAAUCUUCA